AUGCCUCCAAAGAAAAAGGCAUCGGCGCCAAGUCAGAAAACCGUGCAAAAGAAGAAAGAGAAAAUUGUCGAGGACAAAACGUUCGGUUUAAAAAAUAAAAAAGGUAAAAAGCAGCAAGAGUACGUUAAGCACUUAUCCAAUCAGGUUAAAUAUGGACAACAAGGUCCAAACAAGGCUGAACAGCAAAAGUUUGAGGAUAAAAAAAAGAAAAGCGAAGCACAAAAAGAAAGAGAUGAAAUGGAGAAGUUAUUUAGACCUGUCAGUCAAAAAGCUUCUGCAGGAGCAGACCCAAAGUCGCUUUUGUGUGCCUUUUACAAGCAAGGAAAUUGUAGUAAAGGUGAUAAAUGCAAAUUUUCUCAUGAUAUGUCCUUGGAUCGAAAAACUGAGAAAAGGAGUGUAUAUAUUGACUCAAGAGAUGAAGACGACUUAAAAGAUGACACAAUGGACAAAUGGGAUCAAGAAAAGUUAGAGGAGGUUGUAAACAAGAAGCACGGUAGUGAAAAAGCCAAACCUAAAACUGAAAUCGUUUGCAAGUACUUUCUAGAAGCUAUUGAAAAAGGUCUGUAUGGUUGGUUUUGGGCAUGCCCUAAUGGCGGAAACAAAUGUAUGUAUCGACAUGCACUUCCACCUGGAUUUGUGCUUAAAAAAAAUUCAAAGAAGGAUGAAGUAGAUGAAACCACAUCACUAGAAGAACUUAUAGAAACAAAGAGGGCGAAUCUAGGUUCAGAGCUAACCAAAGUUACGUAUGAAACUUUCAUAGUUUGGAAGAAGAAUAGGUUGGAAGCGAAACGAAAGAAAGAAGAAGCAGAUACGAAGAAGAAAAAAGCCGAACUAAAAGCCGGACGAAGCAUUGGAAUAAGUGGCAGAGAAGUUUUUCAAUUUCAACCUAGCCUUGUUGAAGAAGCCGACGAUGACGAAGAAGAGGCAGUUUUCGAGCGAAAGGCAGAAACAGAUGAGACAAGUAACGUAAAAUACAUUGAUUUAACCUUUGAAGAAUUACUUGCCGCAGCUACAGAUGAUGAGCCAACGUCGAAGAAGACGACAUCAAAGGGUGCUAGUAAAAGUAAGGAAGGAAACGCUGCUGAUGAUGGCGAUGAUAACAAAUUAGGAGAGGCUGCAGGUUACUCCAACGUUACAGAUGAUGGAAAUGCUGCCGUCGCUGGCAGUAGCGAUAACGCCACUGCUAAUAGUGGAAGCUUAUUAAUAGAAGAAGAUUUAUUUAUGGAUGACAUAGAUGAGGAUCUAGAAAAUUUGGAAUUAAACGAUUGA